GAAGGGUUUAAGCAAUCACCGGAGCUCUUACGCCGUGAGCUAAGAACCGACCUCUUGUUAGUUUCUUUCAAGUCUCCAAUCAAAGAACCAUGAGAGAAAUUGUGACUAUUCAAGUUGGAGAAUUCGCAAACUUCGUCGGCUCCCACUUUUGGAAUUUCCAGGAUGAAUUGCUCGGAUUGGCGAGUGACCCAGAAAGCGAUCCAAUCUUUAGAAACCAUAAUCUCGACAUGGACGUUCUCUACCGCUCCGGUGAGACCCUGCAGGGGGUUGCUACAUACACUCCUCGUCUUGUUUCAGUCAACUUGAAAGGGUCACUAGGCACCAUGAGCUCACGCGGUACCCUCUACAACGAGGGUUCUUCAUCAAGAUCAGAUUCUUCAACUACCUGGUUUGGAGAUGUUGAUACUCAGAGAUCUGAACCUCGAAAGAGGAACUUGUUUCUGCGAAGUUUGUACGAGGAGGAACAUAUAGUGGGUAAAGAAAAGGCGAAAGUGAUUGAGGACAAAGAUAUUGUUGGAUGCUUAGAUGAGGAAGUUGAAUGUUGGACUGACUUCUCCAAAUCACAUUAUCAUCCUCAAAGUCUAUACGAGUUGAACGGAUUAUGGAUGGACUCUCAGGAUUUUAACAAUUAUGGAAUUGGUAAAGACGUUUUCUCUGAGGCUUCACGUGGAGAGGAAAUAUGUGACAGACUCCGUUUUUUCGUGGAAGAGUGUGAUCAUAUUCAGGGUUUUAAGUUCCUUGUGGAUGAUUCGGGAGGAUUUUCCGCUGUAGCAGCGGAUUUCCUUGAGAACAUGGCAGAUGAGUACACGAACGUACCUGUAUUGCUAUAUUCCCUAAGGAGUCCAAUGUCACAGAUGAGCCAGAAAAAGACAGUUUCAAACAAGCUUCACGAUGCGAUAUCGUUUUCUCGACUCUCAUCCCUUUGUAAACUCUUUACUCCAAUCGGUUUACCAUCCUUGACCGGAAGUAAAGCAUCUAAAUUUCUUAAUCUCGGUGAUGAGAAACCUUAUCGAAGCAGUGCAGUGUACGCCACUGCUCUACAUUCAAGCACAAUCCCUUUCCGAAUGCAACCAACUAGCUCAGAUUCAAGUGAAGUGUCAAGUUCUAUGGAUGUUAAUACACUUGUACAGCUUUUAACGGGUCGUGGUAGACAAAACAUAGUUGCGAUUUUAGACUCUGCAAUGCCAGCUCCUACAGUAGCAGGGAAGCAAUUAGAGAAUACCCUUUUAACGAGUUUGCAAGCACUAACACCGGAAGUAACUGAAGAUGUAGAAGACGAUCAAGCGGUUGAGUCAAUGUGUAUACUUGGAGCCCUUAGAUCAGAAGAUAAAGAAGCAUUGGUUUCAGAAGUGAGGAAUGCGGUUGAUGCAUGUUACGAACAGGCAACAACCAAAGGGAAGCCGUUGUUUUGCAAUCUAUCGGUUUCACGAUGUCCUCUUCCAGUACCAUUACCGUUUCCUUCUAUAUUUGGAAACCUUGUUGGGAGGAAAGGUGAGAUACUGAGCAGUCCGGUCUCGGAUUCUCUGCACAGAGGCUCACUGGAUGUUCACUCCAUACCAGUAGCAACAAGAUGGAGAUCUUCGAGCGCAGUUUUGCCAUUUUUGGAAACUAGAAUGGGGAAUUUAGAGAAACUUGGGAUCCAAUGGGGAGCCAUGGGAUCAGAUGUGGUUAGGGCAUGGGGAUUUGGGAGAGAAGAAUUGCAAGAAAUGAGGGAGAAUCUGUCAAAAAUGGUAUCUGAGCUGAAUCCUCAGUUUUUCGAAUCUUCCGAUUCAGAUUAGUUAUGUCUUAAAACUAAUAUGUUGUAUCAUCUCUAAAGAUUUUCUCUGGUUUGGUUUGGAACUUUUUGGUCAAACCUGUUGUUGAUUGACUUAUGUUCUUCGUGUAAGUGGCUUGAGAAUUGAUUUGAAAUUGGUGGCAUAGGAGAGAAGCAAUAUCAAACCAGAAUAAACCGAUAUCAAUUUG